AUGCAAAACCAAAACCAACCCCAACCCCGCAACAACACCACCAGCCAAGCCAGCGCCUCGAUGCUCAGCGACCGGCGCGCCGCCAAAGACCCAGCCUUCGGCGAGAAGCUGCGGCAGAUGGCGCUCCCCCUCGCGCCGCUAGUGCAACUCACAACCGGCGACGUGCACCCGGCGUUCCCGCCGACGCUGCUCAACUUCUGGCUGCUGACGGACGCGCAGCUCGAGGAGCUGGCGCACUUCUACCACCAGCGCACGCCGUGCCGCUGGACCUUCCACUACCCGUGCCCCAUCACGUGGACGCCCGACAUGCCGCUCGAGGAGAAGCGCCGCAAGAUCGGCCGGUUCAUCGGCCUGCGGGGCUGCGAGAGCCCCAUCCGCGUCAAGAGCGAGGAGGACAUCAUGGAGGAGGCCCGGAGGGCGCGGCUCGGCGACGAGGAGGAGAUGUGGAGGCGCAAGAUGCGGUGGUGCUAG